GACGAGCCUAGUCGUCAUUUGAAGAUCUUCUUCUGUAUCGUAUGUUCUAGUGUUGUUCCGUGAUACGUGAAACAUCAUCAAUCAUCAUGAAGGCUAUAGUUAGUGCAUUGUGCAACGAAAAUAGUGGAGUUAGUUCCGGUAAAGUGUCGAAAGCCAGAAAGGAUGUGGAAAACGAGGAAAUACAGAUGUACCUCAGCAAGCUGAAGGAUCUCGUACCUUUCAUGCCCAAAAACAGGAAACUUUCUAAAUUGGAAGUGAUUCAGUACGUUAUCGACUAUAUAUGCGAUUUGCAAAGUGCGCUCGAGACCCAUCCGGCAGUCAAUGCUUUUGACGCCACGGCGGCCCUGAGUCAGAAAAAAUCACAGGCUGCGGCCAGCCCAAGACAACCACUAGGUGUUAGGCCCAGCCCCAACACCAUCCUUGGACCUUGCGAGGCCUCCAUCCUCACCAAUAUCACGAGUCCAGAAAAAAUGUCGUCACAAGAACGAUCAGUUUCCUGUUGAUCCUACGACUAAUCAUCGUCCAUUCCAAGCGAGAUAUAAUCCACCUUUCAUCCAGAUUAGCGAAUAUCUUGUGGUCGACAUGGAAGGCGUUGACUGAUUUUUUUAUUUAUGAGUUCAGUGUGGGGUUGAUUGAGGGAAUAAAUGAGAGUGCACUUCAUCGUGGACGUACCUGUUAUGUUGCAAUUGUUAUGUAGAAAUUUUGUUGUUGUUUUGUACAUACGAUAGGCGGGUUUAGUACAAUUUCUAUCGAUACAAAUGAAGGUUUUGAAGUAUUGGAAUGAUUUAUACCUUAUAUUUGUUUGACUUUUCUAUUCUGUGAUUUUUUUAGAGUAUAGUUGUAUAAAAUCAGAUAUUCUUGAGGGCCGUUUCCCUUUUAUUUCAUGAAAUGACCGAGGCCGUGCAAGGUUUUCCUGGUUGUUUUGUAAAUUUUGUAUAUUUUUGU